AUGGCUUCGAGAAAAAAGGCAGAUGAGGAAAAGUUGAAGCGUCGCCGGCUGGCACGCUUCCGCUUCCGGCGCCUGGUGCACGUCGUCAUCUUUAACCGCUACUGGAUAGCGGAGAUCGAAGACGAAGACAUCGGCAGCAACGUGCACCGGAAUGUGGCCGUCAUCGAGAAGCGGCUGACGCACAAAGGCACCCUAACGAUCAUUGACAAGCGAAUCCUCAACAGUCCCGGUGAGAAGCGUAGCGAAGCUGACCGACGCUCGCUGAAAACCGUGUUCCGUAAGCUGGACUGUAUGCAGGAUUUUACCGACUGGCAGCUGGACGAGCUGGCUCGCUGUGCCACCUUUCAGUACCUCGAACCGGGCCGUGUAAUCCUGCGCGAAGGACACCAACCGUACGGGGUGUACUUCAUCGCUAACGGUGAGGUCAGCGUAAGCCGUCGGCAGUGGGAUUACCAUCAAGAGACGUUCGCUGAUGUUGUCUGUGGGACGCGUACCGGUGGACAAAUGUUUGGCGAAAUCGCGCUCCUUCACGAGGCGGAUUGUCGGCGUACGGCGACCUGCACCACGACCACCGACUGUGAGCUGCUGUGCAUUGGCCGGGAGGACUUUGAGCGCAUCCUGAAGCCAACGUUCCUGGAGCGCUGGCGACAGUUGCAGCGAGCACUGGCACGCUUUGAUUACUUCAAAUAUUGGAGUACCGAUCAGAUCCGCGAAGCCUGCCUGCUGAGCCGGAUAGUAGGCUAUGAACCGCAGCAAAAGAUCCCGGUCGACGAGGCCCGGGGACGGUCGUACAGUGCGUACUUCGUGCUGAGCGGCCACUGCAUGAUACUCCAGUGCCUGACGGUGGUGCCAACGGCCGGUACGGACGGAUUUCGGUUGCUAGCAUUGGAUGAGCGCCAAACUCCCGGCCCGGUCGAGCAUCGGUUCAUCGAUGUCAGUACGUUCAGCUGUGGGGCCGUGUUUGGGCUCGGUGAAACGUUCGAGCACCGUAUGGUGGUCGCACGAACCCACGUCCAGUGUUUGGCCAUUCCGCGCGAUUGGUUGCUGGCGAAACGGCAGAACGUUGGUAACGCCUGGCAGCGGCUGCGGUUACGGCUGGAUGCGGCCAUCCCGAGCAGGUUGCAGCUUUUCGAGCAGUUCGUGCGUGAUCAGCAGUGGCAGCGCUACCGGAAGCAGGUGGUGCGUGAGUUUGUGGAGCGGAAGGGCCGCACGAGAAGCAAUGCCACCGAGCUGACGGACGUACCCAUCAUCUGCCGCGUCGAGGAAGGUGACAUCUAA